ACCGCAUCUCGCUCCUUCACUGUUACGCAAAGGUCAGCGGGUGGACGGCUUGUAUUUAUGCUGUUGAUUAGACGAUGCUGUUUUUUUGAAAAUUUUCUUCGUGAUGGGACGUGCGAGAUUCAAUUGUUGUCCGCGUAGAUUUCGAUGGUUUCGAGGGACUUGGUCACCGAAAAAUGACGUUAAUUUGCAACCGAUUUCCAAACCGGAAUCUGCAGCUGAUGAAGCUGAUGGAAUCCCCUUUGAAGAACGAAUCCAAGAACCCAACAUUCUGAUAGUAAGAAGCAUCAAUCCAUGCUUAGAAGAUAACGGAAUCAAUCACAGAACCUCCAAAUAUGAACCGAUGAGAAGAGAUUACUUUGCGCAAUUAGUGGUGCGGCGUGGACAGCAUUUCAAACUAAACAUCACCUUAAGUAGACCGUACGAUGAACAAAAGGAUGGAAUUUCAUUUAUUUUUGUUGUUGAAGAUGAACCCAAACCAUCUCAUGGCAAUGGAACAAUGGUGGCAAUUCCAUUAUUGCGCAAACCUGAUCGGCAUCUUCGUUGGAAUGUGGUUUUGCAUUCUUCUGAUGGCAAUGUUAUCACUGUUAACGUGCUAACUCCUCCGGAUACUAUCGUGGCCAAAUGGAAAAUGGACGUGGAUACUCGAAUUCUCAAUGGAGGCUCUUAUUGCUACAGCUGGGAUACUAACAUCUACAUUCUGUUUAAUCCUUGGAGCAAAACCGACCAAGUUUUUAUGAAGUCCGAAGAAUGGAGGGAGGAAUCAGUGAUGAAUGAUGUUGGCAUAGUAUACAGAGGCACCUACAACCGGAUAAAGCCAGUGGUGUGGAAAUACGACCAAUUUGAAAAGGAUAUUCUGGACUGUUCGCUUUAUCUGGUUCAUGUGGUGGGCAAAGUGAAAAGCCACUACCGAUCAGAUCCAGUGAAAAUCGCACGAGCACUGGCAGCAGCAAUAAAUUCUUCGGAUGAUGAAGGUGCGGUUCAAGGCAAUUGGGACACGAAUCACAGUGGAGGCACCGCCCCAACCAAAUGGAUUGGAAGCAAGGAAAUUCUCCAAAAAUAUUACAAAACGAAAAAGCCAGUGAAAUAUGGCCAGUGUUGGGUGUUUUCCGGCGUACUCACAACAGUUUGUAGAGCUUUGGGGAUCCCAGCAAGAACCAUCACCAACUACUCUUCAGCACAUGACACCGAAAGCUCCCUCACUGUGGAUUAUUACAUAGAUGAGAAAGGGUCGAUUAUUGAAAGCAGUGACUCCAUAUGGAACUUCCAUGUGUGGAACGAGGUGUGGAUGACCAGGCCUGAUUUAGGUCGCGAAUACUCGGGCUGGCAAGCAAUCGAUGCCACCCCACAAGAGAUGAGCGAGGACAUUUACAGAUGUGGCCCAUCAGCGGUAGUAGCUGUAAAGGAAGGCGAGGUGUUAAGGCCGUAUGACACCAGUUUCCUCUUCGCCGAAGUGAAUGCUGAUAAGAUUUUUUGGAGAGUCAAUCUCAUCAAUGGGCGCGUUCAACCAAUCAAACUGCUGAGGAAAGACACCUACGGAAUAGGAAAGCUUAUUCUUACCAAAGCCCCUGGACUACUCGAAAAGGAGGACAUAACAUCCAAUUAUAAGCAUUUUGAGAAAUCCCCUGAGGAAAGAUCCACCAUGUUGAAAGCCUUGCGGCAGUCUGAAAGCAUAUUUUCACGCUACUACCUUAAUGAAGAUUUCAAUGACAUUUACUUCCACAUGAACCUGCUGGACCAAGCAAAAAUCGGCGAACCUUUUGAUGUUUCAUUAACAAUGCGGAACAGAUCAAUGACAAAGAAUCAUCCAGUCUCAGUGAUUCUUCGCGUGGAUGCCGUGACUUAUCAAGGAAAAUUCGUUGCUGCUGUUAAAUCAGAGCAUUUUAAAGUGAAUGUUAAGCCCGAAUCCACUCAUGAGGUCAAACUGACUGUGACUUACGAGGAAUAUUCGAGAAUUAAAGUCGACCAGAGUGCCUUUAACAUCUCCUGUUUGGCCUCCAUUGAGGAGACCAAGUUUGAAUAUUAUGCCCAGGAUGACUUCAGAGUGCGGAAGCCUGAUAUUAAAAUAGUUCUUCGAGAAACCGCGGUUGAAACAGUACCAAUCACAGCCGAUUUGUGGGUUGAAAAUCCUUUGCCAGUGCCGUUGAGAAAAGGAGAAUUCACAAUUGAAGCCCCUGGACUGGAGAGAAAAAUCAAAUUGAAGGUGAAAACAGUGGGGCCUGGAGAGAAGGCUGCAGGCGAAUUCAGUUUUACGCCCCCGACCAGUGGAGUGUUUACAGUGGCAGCUAAAUUCGUUUCAAGAGAAAUGGACGACGUCGAUGGUCACCUAGAAAUAUUGGUGGAGCCUAAAAAAGAGCAACCUAAUACUUAGGUAAAGGUUUAGCUAUUCACGUAUAAUAGAGCCAUAAAACUACUAAACCGAACUGAUUAUUUAUUUGUUACUUUUAUAGUAUUAUUAUUUGAAUGUAUUUUUGCACAAAAUAAAAAUCUAAUCAUGA